CUGGCCAACCGCCCCUCGCCCCCAGCGCCCUCUCUAGUGGGAAAACUAACUUCUGUUUCGGGGCCGGGUCACGUGAAUAGGGCUGGGCCCGGCCCCCUCACCCUGACCCCACAAUGACCCCGUUAUCUCUUUACUCCAGUAAAUUCCGGGGGUUCCCAAAUAGAACCCUGGGGCGUGGUCAUCAAGAGACCCUCAUUUCCUGGACUUCCCGGGCCCAACUCGUGAAGCAUCGUCUUGGGAACCUCGGGAACCCCGAGGCAACCCGGGCCCAGGAGAGUAAGCAGAUGCCCCUGCACAUCCAGGGUGGAGAUGGGAGCUCUUUAAGAGUUGAGGGCGCUCUGAGGGGGAUGAGAAUGGACCGGACCCAGGAUUUAGAAGAAGAGUUUUAAGAACGGAUGAAGCGAAAGAAGAUGUUUAAAGCAAGGUGAUUUGCGAGCUGCUGUGCCUUGUGGUGAAAUCAUGUUCAGCUCUGCGUUCAAAGCUGAUCGCCUUCGGGUCAACUUGGAACUGGUUGUCAAUCGCCUAAAACUCUUGGAAAAAAAGAAAACCCAGCAGGCCCAGAAAGCAAGGAAGGAGGUUGUCGGUCAUCUGGCUGCUGGGAAAGAUGAAGGAGGUCAGAUCCGAGUGGAGCACAUUAUCCGAGAAGACUACCUCAUGGAGGCCAUGGAGAUCCUGGAGCUGUACUGUGACCUGCUGCUGGCUCGGUUUAGUUUGAUCCAGGCCACAAAGGAACUGGAUUCUGGUCUGGCUGAAUCCAUAUCUAUGCUAAUCUGGGCAGCUCCUCACCUCCAGUCAGAAGUGCCUAAGUUGAAACUAGUAUCAAAUCAGCUGUGUGCAAAGUACAGCCAAGAAUAUGGUGAACUAUGUCAAACCAAUGAGAUUGGAACUGUCAGCUCUCAGCUAAUGUGUAAAUUAAAUGUAAACACUCUACCCCAGGUUCUAGUGGAACAGUACCUGAAAGAAAUUGCUAGGAAGUGUAAUGUGCCAUCUAAACCCAAGGCAACCAUUAUGGUUGAAGGCCCAACAGACCUCAUCAGUAUUGGGUUUACCAAGGAUGUCAAGAAAGGUGCCCUUGGCAGAGGAGGUGAAACUGUAGCAGGAACUGGUGAUCCACUUGGGGCAUUGCCAAUAUCUGUACCAGGGCCCUUACCUGUGCCAUCCCCAGCUCCUAGUUGCUCAUCCCUUCCUCCUGAAAGACAGAAUGUCUCCUAUAAGAAGAAUGAUUUGCUUUCUUCACUGGUUCCUAGUCCAGGACUCGACCCCCAAACUUCUCCAAAGCCAGAAUCAAGAGCCAGGAUUGGUUUUGAUAACUUUAUGCUGCCUGAAUUGCCUGACGUAAAACCUCAAGCAAGCCUAUCCAUUGACCCUUAUGAUUCUGAAGAAGUCGACUUUGAAGAUCUUGACCAGAGACUUGAAAUACUGAAGAAAACCACAUAAUUAUUAGUCCUGGAUUGAGUAUUUGCCUGGGAAUCAGAGCUCCUGGGCACAAAUUUUAAUAUGGCCACCUGUGUGUGGGUCUGAAGUUUUCUCAUUUACAAUCCCUUCCAUUUCUUAAAUUCUAUGGUUCUCUGUCUGUAAUAAAUGUGUAUGUGUGUCUGUGCAUACACAUAUAAUUAUUCUUGUCCCUUAAAAUUCUAUAAUUCUUAGAUGAAGAUUCCUGAUCUACAGAAUUUUAUUAAUUGUAGUCAAUAAAACUUUUGUUUUCUCCUGGA